UUUAGCAGUAGCAGAGACCGGUUGUUCCAAGCACUGAGCAGAAGGCUAUUACCGAUUCGGUGUGCAAACUUAAUUGGUGGCUGGUGUUGAACUUCACUGAGCUUUAUUAAAGGGUGACAGAGAUGGCUGGGUGCUGCGGCUGCUGGGAGCAGUUCUCCUUGUGGGAGCAAAUGCUAAAGGCGUAUAAAUAUAUGAGUGAGAUAUUAUCAGUGACUCAUACCGACGAGGAUCCUGCAGAGGGAACCAGGAGGCUGAGCAAAAUGGAUAUUCAUCGUCUCGAGGAGCAAUACAAUGGCAUAAAGCAGAAGCAAAAGUUACAGACACACAUCAUUGUUUUCAAACCAGGUGACAAUGAACUCAUUUUACGAGAGCCAGAUGUGAACACUGUUCAAGUCAAUCAAAAUGCUAAGAAGCAUAAGACCUUCAUGGACCAGUUACCUUUUAAAGAGGUCACUCUAGAAUUGACAGGCAAAAACUAUCUAAAGGACAGAAAUGGCCCUUGGCACGCCCAUCUGAACAUCCAUCGAAUGGUGCAGCUGAAUGGUCAAGCUGCUCCUGAAACCAACACACCAGAGCUUGACAGAAGCAUUAACAAAACUGUAUUGUUCGAACGGCUUCUGAAUUCAGAAAGUCAGCCAACACAUGUGCCAGUACCCAAUACUGAGACAAUGGAACGUAAGGACCUGAAUGGAGAUCACCAUUCCAUUAGCUUUCGCAGGAAAUCUUCCCUUAAGAACCCGAUUCCUGCAUCAUGGAGUCAGUACCCAUUUCCAAACUCUAAGCCCACGUCUCCUACAGAGAAACUGGUCUACUAUCCUUUUCCUCAGAAGAAAAAUCCUCGCAUAUCGGAAGCUGCCAGGAAGCUGGGUUUAUAUGUAACACAUUAAAGUCAAUAUUUGAAAAUCCA